UCGAAGAACCUUUUGAAACUUUUUCAAGUUUUGUUUUUUCGCUUUUUCACGAGCUCUUUUUAGGGUUCCUGGAGCUUUAAUAUUACAGUGCCCCCCUCCAAUCUACUUUAGCUAAAACCCAUUUUCUUUACUUUUGUUUAUCACACUCUCUCUCUUUGUAUACUUGUCGGUGGUGGUGAUUCUCCGACGAAGCUAUUUAUUCGCCGGAAAAUUACUAUGAUUAGUGAGAUUUUCUCGGAUCCGAUCAGAGGAUCGGUUUUUAAAAGUGGGACCUUGAUGGGUAAUUUAGGGAAUGUCUUUGAAUGAAGCAAAGACUUGUUUUGCUAAAAAAGGGUGAAAGAAAAGAUUCCUCUUUUUGUUUGUUUGUUUCAGAUAUUGCGGAGCUUUGCUUUAAUCUGUUGUUUUGGAGAAACUUGCAUGUGAAGGGAUUUGCGUUGAACGAAUAAGCGUGACCGGAUUUUCUUCUUGCUACUGUGUUUGUUUGUAUAUCUUCUCUGUGAAGUUUAUGCGCCAAAUCUGUUCAAUAAUUAAGUUAGUUAUUGUGAUCUUCCCUUAAGAUCAAAGCCAUGGUGGAGAAGCUAGUUUCGUCGAGAGAUGAGUCUCUCUGGUUCUGUUCUCACAGUAUUCAAUCUCCGUUUCUGACCCCAAAUUAAAGUCUUUGUGAGUUAACGCGAGCCUGAGCUAAGGAUUAAAGUGGUGGGCUUUUCGGCAAUUUCAUCCUCUUGUUGUUGGAUUUGAGCGAUGGAGGAUAUUGGGUUGGUUAAACAAGGUUGGAAAUGGAUGCAAUCUCAGAAACAUAUGUGCUCGAAUGCUUGUUCUGCGAUUCGAUGUUUUGGGGAGAAGAUAGGAGAGCUCGUGGAGCGUCACUGGCCAUUGGUGUGUAGUGGAUGUGGAAAGCUAUUAGGCUUCCUUCGUCUGUCAAUUGUUUAUUGGAAAGAUUGCAUUUUGAGGGGUUUCCGUUGCAGCGCCAAAUUGGGAUCAGCUGCUUUGCUUCUGAUAAUGUGGAGUUGCUUCCUCAGCCUGACUUCCUUAUCUUGCUUGCUUUAUGUUCUCCUCAGUAUGGGAGCCGCUGCUGCUGUUGUUCUGAACUUGGGUUGCACUCCUGGGCUCUUUAUUGUAGGACUAUUUGGUAUUUUGAUUUUAUGGAUGUAUGCAAACUUUUGGAUCACUGGAACAUUGUUUAUGGUCGGAGGCUAUUUAUUCUCCUUAAAUCACGCCCGUCUGGUGGUUCUAAUGGCGGCAUUAUAUGCGAUGUACUGUGUCAAAGUCAGACUUGGAUGGCUUGGUGUUCUGCUCUCAAUGAAUCUUGCUUUCUUGUCCAACGAUAUAUUAAAUUGCCUACUUCAAUGGUGUGAUAAUCUGAGUGAAAAACCACAACCCGAGGAACCAAAGAAACACGAAGAGACAAUCAUAGAAGAAGACUAUUCAAGAGAAUUUGAGUAUCCUUCAGUUCCCGUUGAAGAAGAAACCGAGAAAAAGGUUCAUGAGAAUAAGUCCUCUGCUGAACCAACUGCUCCUACAACUGUUGUUAAUAGCGUGAAGGAGAUUUCUAGUGUUAAGGUAGUCAAAAUAGAAACAAGUUCAGCUGAUGAAAUGAAGAGAAUACUGAAAAGUUUGAAUCAUUAUGAAGCAUUGGGGUUCCCUCGGCAUAAAAAAAUCGAUGCCGCAGUGCUUAAGAAAGAGUAUAGAAAGAAGGCAAUGUUGGUUCACCCCGAUAAAAAUAGGGGAAGUCCUUUGGCAAGUGAAUCAUUCAAGAAACUUCAAUGUGCUUACGAGGUUCUUUCUGAUUUUGUAAAGAAGAGAGACUACGAUGAGCAAUUACGAAAAGAAGAAUCUAGGACCAGGAGUGUUUGUCAGACAUCUCAUGCUUCUUCGCAUCAGAGUGGUCCUGAUUAUCGUUCAGAAGAGUCGAGGCGGAUACACUGUACAAAAUGUGGUAAUUCACACAUAUGGGUGUGCACCAAUAGGACUAAGGCAAAAGCGAGAUGGUGCCAGGAUUGUGGUCAAUAUCAUCAAGCGAAAGAUGGAGAUGGGUGGGUCGAACUCAAAGGGACAUUACCCUUCGAGAGGGCACAUAAGAUUGAAAUACCGCGUGCUUUUGUUUGUGCGGAAAGCAAAAUCUUUGACGUCUCAGAAUGGGCCAUAUGUCAGGGAAUGGCGUGUAGACCAAACACGCAUAGGCCAAGCUUUCAUGUGAACAUGGUUGGGUUAGAAAAGACAACACAGAGAUCAAACUCGAGUAGGUUCCCUUGGGAUUUAGAUGUGGAGAUGAUGGAUGAGGAUGAAGAAGAGUUUGAGCUAUGGCUUCAACAAGCUCUUGCUUCUGGUCUCUUUUGUGAAUCCUCAAAGCGCAGAAAAAGCUGGAGCCCUUUCAAGUUAAGCCAGAUGAAAAGCAAGAAACAAUGGCGAAGAACAUCCACUUGAUUCAAACUUCCAUAGCUCACCACGGAUUCUAGAACUGGAAAACUGGAUUCACAGCAUGUGAAUGCAAAGCCCUGAAGUCUGAAGAGAAGAGCAGUUUUUUGGGGCCUUUCUCUGUAAAUAGAAGCUCUUGAUUUUGUCUACUUUGUUUUCACUGUUGUAAACUACUUCAGAAAAAAAUUAAAGAAGUUGUUUGUAUUCCACAGAAA